AUGCUGUCCAACUCAGCAUGGUCUGACAACACUCACGGAUCGGAUCAUCUAGCCCACAUCACUUCGCCUCUUGGCCAACGCAUCGCAUUAAGGGCAAAUGACCGUCGCCUAGAUGAUGGGCAACAACUCCUUGGUGAUGAUCGCACUCCAGACCAGGGACCCCGCCUACGUGAAGGUCCUGUAACGUCAUUCAACAGUUCCGGAAAUGUCUCUGCAUCAGUAUAUGCGCCACAGCGGACAUACUUUCCUAUCGAAAUGCAGCCAUCAACAGAGCGGAAUGGCCAUGAGCCGCAAGCUGAAAUGGGCCUGUGCAGAGAAUCACAAGAUCUAGCUUUGGCAAGCAACACUAGCAGUCCCAACUGUGGCAGGCGCUCAUGUACCUCGAUCUUUGCAGAGAGGAAGGUUCGCAGGCGGCUCAUCACAUUGACUGCGUCUGGAGUGUUCCUCCUUGCAGUUGUCGCAGUAUACCUUGCAUUCGCUGCUUCGCGCACUACCUUAGGCCGGGAGCUUCAAAUUCUUUUGAUCUUUAUGAUACUAAUAAUUGGCAUCGUUUUCUGCCAUGCUUUAACUCGUUUUCUCAUGGCAAUAGUACCAAGACCUGAUUCUGAGAUGGCCACGAACCGCAUACCAAGCAGGGCAGGACCCUCUGGUUAUGCACAACCGGCACAUCCCAUCCACGUCGUUCUGGCGGCGGAUGAGGAUGCUAUGACUGCAAGUCGUGACGCUGCUCGGGAAAAGAUAACUGCACCUCCUCCAGCGUAUGGUCUUUGGAGAGGCAGCGUGCGGCUGAACCCUGACUUGUUGUAUUGGCAACGUGUGGAUAAAAAUUCCUCAUUACCAAAGGUCGACGAACGCGGUCCCAGCAAUAAGUCUCAACCACCCCGGCCGCCUAGUUAUGUCUCCGAUAAUGGAAUCGACUACGUUGUCGAAGCACAGCCACGAUCCUUCACGCAAUGGCAUGCCCCGGAGGAAUCAGCCCGCUGGCAUUGA